CUGUCAACGGUACCAACUGUUCCGGAACAUAAGCUAAACAUUUCCGGACUAUUCUUCCUGAUCAUACCAACAGUCACGAUACUCGGAAAUUUCCUAGUUAUUGUAGCUGUACUGCGCUUCAAGUCGCUGCAGUCAGCCAUUAAUUUUCUAAUUCUUGGCCUGGCUGUUGCUGAUCUCCUCGUCGGCCUUUUCGUCAUGCCAUACGCAGUUUAUGUUCAUGUAUGUUCUACAUGCUCUUUGCCGUUCACAGCAUUAGCGUAG